AUGGCUGUCGCGGAUUAUAAGAAGUAUCUGGCGGAAAAUAUUCUCCAUGAGCGUCGUACGGUCACAUAUCGCUCGCUGGGUCGAGCAUUGAGAGUGCAUAGUACGAUCGCGAAGCAAAUGCUGUAUGACUUCCACCACAAUGAGAACUCCAAGAAACCGUCCAGCGUCAACGCGACCUAUGUUCUCUCGGGAGUCCCGAAACCCGCCGAACCCGCGACGAAUGGAGCCGCCGUCAAUGGCAGCGGUGGUGAUGAUGAUGAUAUAAUGCCGAGCAGCCCGUAUAUCAGCAGCUCGAUGCCCAACCCGGAAGACGAAUCGGAGCAGGUUCCCGUAUCUGCAGUUCUGCUGGCGCGAGAGGAAGACCUAGAAGGCGAAUGCAAAAUCUACUUUCGAAUCACUAUCCUCCAUAUACGUAUGCUCGUCAAUCAUGCGCAAGAAGACCCAUUGGAGUACGGGAAGCAAUGGGGGAUGAUACAAAAUCCGAAUGUCAAGAGGAGGACAGGUGUGCGACCACCACCUCCACCUCCCGCACCUUCGAGUACUGUUCCAGCGAAGAGACCCGCGCAGUCCGAACUCUCACAACCGAGCAAAAUAGAAGCUAAGAAGGACGAACCCUCAAAACCUCUACAGCGCCAGAAUUCCGCCUCAUCGGCAAAAUCAACCGAUAAGGCGCCUCCGACAAAGAAGGAAAAGGGCGGCAGCUUGUUCAGCUCUUUCGCCAAGGCGAAACCAAAGUUGAAGAAGGAAGAGUCGACUACAUCUGCUGCUUCUGGUGCUGACUCGGCUGUCCCUAGCGGUGCUGAAGAUGUUGUGCUUGAUGAUGCUUCUGAAGACGAGCAAGCAGAACUCUUCCCAGAGACUAAGAAGGAAGGCCCGAGUGAGACCCGUGAAAGCAGAAAGGAAAGGGAGGAGAGGCUUAGGAAGAUGAUGGAAGAUGACGAUGAAGACGAAGAGAUGCCGGACGUUACUGAACCUCCAGCGGAGCCAGAAACCAUUGACAAACCGCCCCCUAAACAGGAGGACCUCAAGGUCGAAGCCACGGUUAAAGGCGGCCGCCGCAGAGGACGACGCCAGGUGAUGAAGAAGGCAGUAAAGAAGGAUAGCGAAGGCUACCUUGUAACUGUCGAGGAACCGAGCUGGGAGUCAUUUUCGGAGGAUGAGCCUGCACCACCGCCGCCCAAGAAGAAGCCGGCAGUGAGCGCACCCAAGGGUAAAGCUGGGCCCAAAGCGGGGCAAGGGAGUAUCAUGUCAUUCUUUGGCAAGAAGUGA